GCCCAAUAUUGAUACUCACGCAAGGGUAUUCUUCAACUCUCAGACGCUCGCUUAUAAUUAGUCGCUCGUGAAGUUGAUUGGUUUGGUUUUAAAAUACGAAUUUGUUUUCUUAAUAAACCAACUCGAGAUUUAAUUCAUAAAAUGGCUUCAGUGUUGCUACCAAAUGAUCCUGCUCCUGGAUUUUCCUUUGACAACUGUAGAAGAAAUACAAUGUUAGAAGCCAAGGGUUUCCAAGUGCCCAAAGCGGUGAAGACAGGAACAACAAUCGCUGGGAUCGUGUUCAAGGACGGAGUUAUCCUUGGUGCUGACACAAGAGCCACUGAGGGGAACAUCGUUGCUGACAAGAACUGCUCCAAGAUCCAUUAUUUAGCCAAAAAUAUCUACUGCUGUGGAGCAGGCACUGCUGCAGACACAGAUAUGACCACAAAGCUGAUUGCUUCUCAGCUGGAGCUGCACCGACUGCAUAGUGGCCGUCCUGUCAGGGUUGUCACCGCGGAGACUAUGAUGAAGCAAAUGCUCUUUCGUUAUCAGGGCCACAUUGGAGCCGCCCUAGUGCUGGGUGGAGUGGAUGUGGAGGGUCCCUGGGUCUACUGUAUCUACCCUCACGGUUCUUCUGAGUCUCUACCCUAUACCACGAUGGGCUCAGGAUCCCGUGCCGCUAUGGCCGUCUUUGAGUCUCGCUGGAAACCUGACAUGACGGAGGAGGAAGGCAAGCAACUGGUGAGAGAUGCAAUCGCUGGAGGUAUCUUCAACGACGCCGCCUCUGGUGGUUUAGUUGAUCUUUGCGUCAUCCGUAAGGAUUCCGUAGAUUAUUUGCGUCCUUAUGAAGUCACAGUAUCGAAGGGCAAACGCCAAGGGUCCUACAGCUACGCCAGAGGCACUACAGCUGUGUUGACUACUAAGAUAAUUCCUGUGGACGUCGUAGAUGAGACUGUGCGUAGGCUUGAGCCAGAGUCCAUGGAAGUGGCUUAAACUAUACAAGCUUUAAUUUUAAAUAAAUUCAAUUUCACUUUUUUUGAUGAAUUAAAGUUGUUUCUAUACUA